ACACUGAUCGUUGGAUGCUCCGAGAAAAGCUCACUAAGUCACUUCUUUUCAACUCCCAAUAAUGAGUCUCUCUUCCUCUCUCUAGAAUGAACCAGUAGUGAUAGAAUGGUGUUGGUGGCUAGUGUACUCCAGUUGGUAUAGUACGCACCACCCAACAUCCUCCACUGUUUGGAAGGAGAUCUAUACUCCCCUGUCCCCCAUCCACCUAUACAUACACUUUCAUAUUUAUCGAUCAAUACACACAUUUCUGUAAUUACAUGAUCACUUCAUUACUAUAAUUGGGGCCGGGUUUCGGAUGGAUCCGACGAUAAAUGAUGGCGGAAGAGGAAUGUACGGCUAUGCGGAGACGUGGCCGGCGUUUGUUGAUGCGACGUCGUAUGGAAAUGUGGGUAUGGAUCUAAUGGUGACGGACCAGAGAUCGAAUCAUAAUUCGAGAAAGCGGCGCGACGAGGAAGAGUGUGUUAAAGGAGCUUCAAGUAGCAACAGCGAUGGAAAUACUAGCAAUAAUGCCUUGAAUGAAGGAGGCAACAAAAGGUUAAAGACAGUGAGAUCAAAUGAGAAUUGUGAAAAUAAAGCAGAGGUAGAAGGGAAUUCAGGCAUGGAGGGAGAGAUGCCUACAAAACUGGCUGAACCUCCAAAGCAAGACUACAUCCAUGUUCGUGCUAGAAGAGGUCAAGCCACUGAUAGUCACAGUUUAGCUGAAAGAGCAAGGAGAGAAAAAAUAAAUGAUAGGAUGAAAAUUCUCCAAGAUCUAGUCCCUGGCUGUAAUAAAGUUAAUGGCAAAUCACUAGUCCUUGAUGAAAUAAUUAAUUAUAUCCAGUCUUUGCAACGUCAAGUUGAGUUUCUCUCCAUGAAGCUUGAAGCAGUAAAUGAAAGAGUGAACCCUGGCAUCGAAGGAUUUCCUUUGAAAGAAUUUGCUCAGCACGCCUUUGAUUCUCUGGGCAUGACAUUUGGUUCACAAACUCAGAGGGAAUAGGAUAGGGGUGCAUCGCCAGAAUGGUUACAUAUGCAGAUUGGCGGCUGGUUUGAAAGAGCAUCAUGAGUUAAUAAAUUCUAAUUAAUUUCCAAUAUAAGCAUUGAGAACGCUAAAUAUGUUCCUUCAUUCACUGCAUAAUUAUACUCAUUUCUUAAAUCAGAAAUAUAUCGUAUUUCCAUUUUUAUCUGGUUUUUGCUUUUGUAUCGGAACAUUCUCCCUUUCCGUAUGAAAAAAUGGAUACAUAUUGUAACGUGCUUCAUUUUCUUUGUCCGGUAUGGAAAAAUAAUUCCUCCGUGGUUUGUUUGGUA